GUCAAGCACACAGCGGGGGAGAGAGAGAGCCGUCGCCGUCGCCUUGCCUGGCUGCAUGAGUGGCUCCUCCCUGAGGAAGGGGAACAAUGAGGGAUGGCGGCGGCGGCGGCAACAGCAAGAUGAGCAAGCUUUCAUGGUCCAAGAGCCUCGUGAGGAAGUGGUUCAACAUCAGGGGCAAGUCCCAUGACUUCCACGCCGAUGCUGUGGCAGCCGGGACUGGGAGGUCAGGUGGAGGGGAUGACGAUUGGAUGGAUGGCGGCUUCACCAGGAGGGACUCCUGCGGCGCCAAGAAGAGCAGGACAGAGAGGCCGUCACGGAGGAGCCACGAGCGGUCGCGGCGCAGCAAGAUCGACCUCGACGCCGCCGAGGCCACCGUCAUGCUGGACUACAGGAUCUUCGCUGCGACAUGGAAUGUAGGUGGCCGCGCGCCGCCGGGGUCCCUCAGCCUCGACGACUGGCUCCGCACCUCGCCGCCGGCCGACAUCUACGUCCUCGGGUUCCAAGAAAUCGUCCCGUUGAACGCCGGGAACGUCCUCGGCGCCGAGGACAACGGCCCGGCGAGGAAGUGGGUGUCGCUGGUCAGGCGGACUCUGAACAGCCUGCCGGGUAGUAGCGGCGGCUUUGGCGGCAGCGGGAGCCUGCAGACGCCGUCGCCGGCGCCGUACCCGGUGGCGGAGAUGGACGCCGACUUCGAGGGGUCGAGGCAAAACAACCCAUCCUUUUUCCACAGGCGGUCGUUCCAGUCCGGGCUCAGCCGGAGCCUGCGGGCGGACGGCGACAUCCUCGCCGGCCCCGGCCCGGCCAGGCUCGAGCGGCGGUACAGCGUCAACGACCGCGUCAUGUACGGCAGCAGGCCCAGCGACUACGAGGCCAACUGCCGGUGGGGCGGCGGCCAGUCCGACGACGAGGACGACGGCGGCGGCGGGUCGCCGAGCACGAUGUUCUCGCCAAUGUCGCACGUAUACGGCAACGCUCCGCCCACGGAAGAAUGCAAUGGGUCAGCUCGUGGUCCUGCUAGGUACUGCCUGGUUGCAAGCAAGCAGAUGGUUGGAUUGUUCCUGAUGAUUUGGGCUAGGAAAGAGAUGAAGAAUGACAUAAGGAAUCUGAAGGUGUCAUGUGUUGGGAGGGGAUUAAUGGGCUAUCUUGGAAAUAAGGGUUCGAUUUCCAUUAGCAUGUUAUUGCACCAAACAAGCUUUUGCUUCGUCUGCAGUCAUCUAACAUCAGGUCAGAAAGAUGGCGAUGAGCACCGUAGGAACUCCGAUGUAAUGGAGAUUUUGAGGAAGACCAGGUUCCCGAGGGUCUGUGGGCAGUAUGAGAGGUGUCCGGAAACAAUCUUGGAGCAUGACCGGAUAAUCUGGCUUGGGGAUCUCAAUUAUCGCAUCGCACUUUCCUAUCGAUCAGUGAAGGCGCUUGUCGAGAUGCGUAACUGGAAAGCAUUGCUGGAAAAAGAUCAGCUGAGGAGUGAGCAAAGAGGCGGUCGUGUGUUUCCUGGCUGGAACGAGGGGAGGAUAUACUUCCCACCAACCUACAAAUACUCCAACAAUUCUGACAAAUACGCUGGAGAUGACAUGAACCAAAAGGAGAAGAAGCGAACUCCAGCAUGGUGCGACCGCAUUUUGUGGUAUGGAAGGGGCCUUAGCCAACUCUCAUAUGUUCGAGGAGAGUCUCGCUUCUCUGACCACAGACCUGUCUACAGUAUGUUCAGUGCAGAAGUGGAAUCGAUCAAUCAUAGCCGAAUUCAGAAGAUGAGUUCCUGGAGCUCCCAGUUGGACAUAGAAGAAUUACUGCCAUACUCAUAUGGGUACACUGACAUCAAUCCUUAUGGAUAUACUGACCUCAAUUUCUUUUGAAAUGGACAACGCGACUCUCAGCUUGAGCUACAUGCCUCAACUGAACCACCAUUAGCUAGGUAUUGGCUCACUGCGAUACCAGUUAUCUUUGCCAAGAAUUGAGGACAGAGUUGAUAGACAUGGAGGAGUAAUCUGGUCUAAGUUUCUGCUAUUGAUUGAUCGUGCUCUGCAUUAGCUUCUCAUGGUUAUAGAAGCUUGUUAAUGUAGUCACUUGCCUUGAGUUGAGAAAAGCAAAUCUCGAACUUCAGCAUUGCAAUUUUCUGAAAGUUCAGGUUGCUAUCAAGAUUUUACCUAUCCGAACAAGGUACAUACCCAGUCCAUGUACAAAAGCUGCCUCUGUGGUGAAAUGAGAAAUCUGAUGAGCCACUGGAUAUCUCUUUUUAAGGUCUGCAUCUAGUGUUAACCAGUUUAGAGGUUGCAAGUUGUUGGAAGAUGAUAGGUGCUUCAAUGGCUCUCAGAGAAAGAGAGAGAAGAGAAGCAAAAAUGACAUGAGAAAUGUUGAGAGAAAUGCUCAGCUCAAAUGAUGAUGAGCAGAUAGAUAGCAUAGCACUGGCCCCUUCAAUUUGAAGGCCAGGUGAAUUCAGAAAUUUUCUUUUUUUUGUCUUCUUUCCUCUUUACAUCUGUAUACUUUGGCCAUAUUCUGUUUAUU